AUGGGCACCACGUUGAGCCUCGUGUACCGCGACUGCAAAGCGCCAUACCGCCACGAAGCGUUCCGGCGCGACAAGCACCACUACAUGACGACGAUCGACGUCCAGCGCGCAGCGGCCGCGCGACUCCGGGCUAUCACGUGCCGUUCAUAUAGGCUUCGACUUGUGCUCGCAUGCGCCGUGGUGGUGUCGCUCUGCUGUUUGCCGUGGCCAUGGGAGCUCAAGCACGUGAUCUAUCGCCUCGCGCUCGGCGGGGUAGUGUGGGUCCUACUAGAUCAGCUCGACGAGUUCUUUACGUUUCGUGUCGAGCUGUGGCGGACGUCGGCAACGGCCUUUCUCACCAGGCGCGAACUCCGGCAUGCUGCGGAAACGUCAAUGCGCCAACUCAUUGUAAGCCGGUCGCCGCUACCACCCGUGGGCGAGCCAGGCGUUCGAGUGCGUCGCGCGCUGACUCUGUAG